CGAUUCAGAUCGGAAGAGAUAGAGCUUGGACUUUCCAAUAUAAACAAGCUAGUGGAUAUUGCUCGAUCUGUAGCCAAUGUAAACACUAAUGACUAUAGUGCCUUGGAGUAUUUGCUUCUUGACCGUCUAGAAAACCUAAAAUAUGCCAUCCAAGACAGGAAAGUGGAUGCCCUUGUUGUCGAAACCUUUGGAAGAUGUUUGGAGAAACUAUUGCAAUGGGUUCAGUGGACUCAAAUGUUUUUCAUGGUUUGCACAAAAGAUAAAAAUUACUGCCAGUUGCUUCCGGAUUUAUCUUUGGUUUUAACUGCACUAAUUUUUAUGCGUGCUUCCCCCACAAAAGAUGAUAUAGUUCGUAGUUUGCGAACAAGCCCUAUCAAUCCUUCUAAGGAUAGGACAUCCAUAGAAGAUUUUGAAAUAAUAAAACCAAUCAGCAGAGGUGCAUUUGGUCGAGUUUUCCUGGCAAGGAAAAGGGCAACUGAGGACUUAUUUGCUAUAAAGGCUGCAGAUUUGCUCAGGCACCCACAUCUUCAACCGUAUAUUCUUAAGAUUCAACUCAAAUCUUAUAGCCCUAGAUGGAGUACUUUCCCAGUACAGUUGUCUGAUUCCAACUAUGUAAAGAAAACUAGAUUUCUUGAGCCUGAUGUUGUUACCAUGCUUACGGACAGAGAGAAACAGAGAUCAUUCAGUAAUGACAGGGCCCUGAAUCCUAGUAUAUCUGGAACCGAACUAGACUCUCCAUGUUCUUCUCAGAGGGCACAGCAUUUCCCAAGCUAUUUGAAUAAAAAGCUCUCAGAAUUAUCUGUUGGCAGCAUCCAUGAAAAUAUGAGUGUUGAUACGUCAACAGCCUCAAAGGUUUCAAGUGCUGCCAAGACUCCAAGAUUGGCUCCAGCAAAAAUGUCGGCAACUCCAAAGAGACUGACUGCUCCUUCUAGGAUUUUCAACAUUGUUUUAAAUCAUGAUUCGCGUCCUGUGUCGCGUACUCCAGCUAGCAAACCUUUCCAACCAACACGCAGAGCAUCUCUUCCAUUGUCAACUAGAGCUGCGACAUUUGAAUCACCUUGUAAGCGUAAUGUUGGUCUCUUGCAGGGUGUAGAAUCUCCAAAUGUCUCUGUCAAUUCUCCACGAAUUGACAAGGUGGUUGAGUUCCCCUUAGCCUCUUCUGAAGAUACCCUGUUUCCCAUUCGCAAAACUUUUUCAAUAUCUGCAUAGUGCUCUACCACCCCACCGACUAGUGGGGAUCACUCAAUCAUGAAAGACAAGUGCACAGUUCAUAUUCUGGACAGGACUUUUACCAAGCCACGAAAUGGAAGUGAAUGCUCAGAUCGGAGUCCAACAACUGUUGUUUCAAGCCGUUCAUCUUCGGAUUCUAGGCAGCAUAGGUUUGACACCUCAUCAUACCAACAAUAGCCAUUUUAGAUGAAGGGAUAAUGCCUUCACAAUGUUUUCCCCAAGGAGUAAGGUGGUUCAUGUUGUAAAAUCAGAUUCCAGACUUGCAAAUAAUGAUCUACCUAUUGAUAUCCAAAGGUUGAGAUGUCGUGCUCUGUAUUAUGCUCUCCGCUUCUCUCUUUCUAUUGACAAUCUUGGGAAGGUGGAACUUUUGUCUCUCCAUCAUUCAUCUACCAAAUAAAUUUGGAAUCUAGUUCCAGUUAUAAUUGAA